UCUCAGCGCAGCGUGUGUCAGUGUUGUCUCGGCGCGUGUCCUCAGGCGCAUGUUCGAUCCACAGUGUCAGGCUGCUGCAGAAGGCACGCGAGCAAACUUUUAAUGCAACGGUUUGCUCACCUGACUAUGCAACGUCUCGUGCAUUGAUAGAGAAGAGAAGAGGCGUCGUUGUUGCACUUCUGACAGAAUGAAGACGAGAGAGGUGAAGAUUAUAAACCAGCAUCUGGAGGAUGAAAUGGAGGUGUGGGGUUACCAGCCCUGUGUGUGGAAGAUGAUCCUGGUGGGUGUAGGUGCUGUGUUCUCCGGCGGUCUCCUGCUGCUCCUGCUCUACUGGCUGCCUGAGUGGGGCGUAAAGGGCACCUGCACACACACCUCGAUGAGAGACGCACACACACUGCUGCUCAGGACCACGGAUGAGUUCAGACAGUGGUUUCGAGCCAGAGUACACGUGAUGUGGGCUCCAGGGAGGAAACCCUUCGACAGCUUGGAUCUGCAGUCCACGGCUCAGCUGCCGAAUGGAGACUGCGGCAUCAGCGCUGUGCACGAGGAGCGCCAAGGGAAAUUUGCCCAUAGACAGCCUGCUCAGAUCCACUACUUCACCCACCACAGCACUAAAUACUACUGGAAUGAUGUGAUACAGAACUUUGAGUUGUAUAAAGGCUUGGAGGAUUUGAAGGUGAGCUGUGCAAGCAUCCAGUCUGACCACAGCUCUGGACUUUCUAAAACACUGCAGGACUACAGGAGGUUGUUUUUUGGCGAGAAUGAGAUUGCUGUAAAAGUGCCGUCUCUAUUCAAGCUUCUCAUAAAGGAAGUCUUGAAUCCUUUCUACAUCUUUCAGCUCUUCAGUGUUAUUCUGUGGAGUGCUGAGGACUACUACUAUUAUGCUACAGCCAUAGUUUUCAUGUCUGUGAUAUCAAUAGCUACCUCACUGUACACCAUUAAAAAGCAAUACGUGAUGCUGCAUGACAUGGUGGCCACACACAGCGUGGUCCGUGUUUCAGUGUGCAGAGGAAAUAAAGAUAUUGAACAGGCCAUGUCAACAGAUCUUGUGCCCGGUGAUGUUAUCAUUAUUCCAGCGAAUGGGAUAAUAAUGCCCUGCGACGCCGUUCUCAUCCAUGGGACCUGCAUCGUAAAUGAGAGCAUGCUGACAGGGGAGAGCGUGCCAGUCACCAAGACAAGUCUGCCUUGUUCAGGCGAGGACGCGGCCUGGAGCUACAAAAUCGAGGAGCACAAGAGACACACCCUGUUCUGUGGCACCCAUGUUAUCCAGACACGCUUCUACGCUGGAGAAUUGGUUGAGGCUGUUGUGGUCAGAACAGGCUUCAGUACAGAGAAAGGCCAACUCGUGCGCUCCAUCCUCCACCCUAAACCCACAGACUUCAAGCUGUACCGCGACGCUUACCUUUUCUUGUUGUGUCUGGUGGGGGUGGCUGGGAUUGGUUUCAUCUACACCAUCGUCCUCAGUAUCAUGAACAAGGUUCCAGCUAAAACCAUCAUCAUCGAAUCUCUGGACAUCAUCACCAUCACCGUGCCCCCGGCCUUACCGGCAGCCAUGACGGCCGGUAUUGUGUACGCACAGCGUCGUUUGAAGCGCGUCGGCAUUUUUUGCAUCAGUCCUCAGAGGAUCAACAUGUGUGGUCAGCUGAACCUGGUUUGCUUUGACAAGACUGGUACUCUGACUGAAGAUGGUUUGGACCUGUGGGGUGUUCAGACAGCUGUAGAUGGCAGUUUUUCUCCCCCAGAGGCUGAUGCAGCUGAAGAAAGUCUGGUUAACACUGCGUUUGUGGCCUGCAUGGCUACCUGCCACUCACUGACCAAGAUAGAUGGUGAGCUCGCCGGAGACCCUUUAGACCUCAAGAUGUUCAGCGCUACAGGCUGGAUCCUAGAGGAGCCCACAGAGGAAGAGACGGCACUCCACAAUCCAAUAAUGCCCACAGUCGUGCGACCUCCGAAGCACUGCGUCCCUGGAGCCAAUCAGAACGAUCUACUAACUCAGAACAUGGAGCUGUCUGAAUUAUCAUCCUGUGAGAUCGGUAUUGUGCGUCAGUUCCCCUUCUCCUCGACCCUGCAGAGGAUGAGUGUAGUGGUCAGGAGGCUGGGGGAAAAACACAUGAACGCUUACUUGAAAGGAGCUCCGGAGGUUGUGGCCAGACUCUGCAAACAGCACACAGUUCCACAGAGCUUCACAGACACUCUGGAGACGUACACUAAGCAGGGCUUCAGGGUUAUUGCCCUGGCACAUCGACAGCUGGAGUCCAAACUCUCCUGGCACAAAGUUCAGAGCCUCACAAGGGGCCUGAUAGAAACCAACAUGGAGUUCCUUGGUUUGAUCGUCAUGCAGAACAAAAUCAAAGAGGAGACUGCCGGGGUUUUACGUGAAUUACGUCAAGCUAACAUUCGCACUUUGAUGGUCACGGGGGACAACAUGCUGACGGCGAUAUCAGUGGCUCGGGACUGUGGGAUGGUCCGUGCACAUGAGAGGGUCAUUAUUGCAGAUGCUGCACCUCCUAAGGACUUCCACCCUGCUAGUAUCACAUGGCAUUACACUGAAAACCCCGUACAGACCAGCAAGGACAAUCAGACUGUGGAGAUGAACCUGGAGGACGGGAUGUAUGAGCAAAGCUAUCACUUUGCUGUGACUGGCAGAGCCUUCGCUGUUAUCACUGAGCACUUCCCUCAACUCAUCCAAAAGCUCGUGCUGAAAGCCACUGUGUUUGCACGCAUGGCUCCGGACCAGAAGACUCAGCUGGUGGAAGUCCUGCAGAGCAUCGACUACACUGUUGGGAUGUGUGGUGAUGGUGCGAAUGACUGUGGAGCUUUGAAGAGAGCUCACAGUGGGAUCUCUCUGUCUGAGCUGGAGGCUUCUGUUGCUUCACCCUUCACCUCCACCACCUCCAACAUCUCCUGUGUCCCAAACCUCAUCAGGGAGGGCCGAGCUGCCGUCGUAACAUCAUUCUGCGUGUUCAAGUUCAUGGCUCUCUACAGCAUCAUCCAGUACCUCAGUGUCACCUUGCUCUACUCGAUUCUCAGCAACCUGGGAGACUUCCAGUUCCUCUUCAUUGACAUCGCCAUCAUCCUCAUCAUUGCCUUCACAAUGAGUCUGAACCCCGCGUGGAAGGAGCUGGUGUGGCGCCGCCCGCCGUCCAGUCUGAUCUCCGGCCCGCUGCUGUGCUCGGUUCUGACCCAGAUCGUCACCUGCCUGCUCUUCCAGGUCCUGGCUUUCCUCUUAGUACGACAGCAGAGCUGGUAUGAGAUGUGGACGCCUCAGUCAGAUGCCUGUAAUGUUUCCCGCUCCGGUCUCUCUCACAGCCUGAAUGUAACAAGCCCUCACGACCACAAAAACAUCAAGAACUACGAGAACACCACCCUCUUCUACGUCUCUUCCUUCCAGUAUUUGGCUGUGGCAAUCAUUUUCUCCAAGGGGAAGCCCUUCAGACAGCCAAGCUACAAAAACUGGCCGUUCAUGCUGUCCUGCAUCGGCCUGUAUACCUUUCUCCUCCUCAUCAUGCUGUAUCCUGUUCCUGCCAUCGACAGUUUCCUGGAGAUCGUGUGUGUUCCCCAUGACUGGCGCGUUACCCUCGUCAUCAUUGUCACAGUGAAUGCGGCUGUGUCUUUCAUGCUGGAGAUUUUGAUCGUUGACAUCAUCUUGCGGAGGCUAGUUUUCAGAAGCAAUCAGAGGGUGAAUCGGCCCACAGAGCGCUCCUCUGCUGCCACGCCCCAGGAAGCCCAUGACCGCUGGGGUCCGUCCUUCCUCUCCUGGCUGUUCUGUCAGACAAAUAAGCCCCCAAGGGUGCUCUACAUGCACCUGGCCCUGGAGCUGCAGGACGCCGCCGACUGGCCCCCCAGACCAUCCACUGUCACCUACGCCAGCGAUCCACAAUCCCGCAUCUCUGCCCCCCUCUGACACCGACGGGACCGAGCAAACUACUGCACAGACUAAACCUAAAAUCUUAGCUUGAGUUGAGCUCAAAGAUGUGACAGAUGCUGAUGAUGAUGUGUGUCGGACCUGGAGCCUCAUGAAGGUGAGGCCUCCUACUGCAAAGACUGACUGACACUGUGAGCUGCUCAUACAGAAGGUUCUCUUCCAUUUUGAUUAACCUCUUCAGAAUAGACAAGACUUGUCACACUGCUGAAACUUGAGCCAGAGGCCUCUGUUAAAGAAUAGCUCAACAUUUUUGGAAAAACGGUACGCUUAAUCACUCUCUUGCUGAGACUUAGGCGAGAAGAUCGAUACCACUCUCAUAUGUAUACUAGGGUUGAGCCAUAUGUUAAAAACCAACAACCGGUGAUUGCCGAAAUAUUUUUGUAUGUGUGUGUGUGUGUGUGUGUGUGUGUGUGUAUGUGUGGGCAGCGGCUCUCACUAGCUCUUCGGGGGCAGACCAUUAAGUUAGCUGAUUAAAUGACAAAAAACACCAAAAAACAAACAAACGGGGAAAUCGCUAAGGUUUCCUAACACUCACUCAUUUCUAAAUCUCACUAAUUAUCACAUUUGGUUUAUUCAAUACUUAAGCUGAAGUUUAAAAACGACACGUUUUAUAUAUGGUUACGUGUCUGUUGGUUACAGGCUAGUUGUUUCCUCUGUUUUCAGUCUCUGUGCUAAGCUAAGCUAAGCUAACUCAAUCUAAGCUAACCCGCUGCUGUCUGUAACUUUAUAUUCACUGAGUGGUAUCAAUGAUCUCUGCCAACUCAGCAAGAAAACUAAUCAGCAUGUUUCCCGAAAUGUGACUGGAUGUUUUCCUAACUACAUUGUACUUUACUGGCACUGGCGUCCAAAUACAACACUGCACCUUGAGAAUGGAUAGUGUCAGAUGAAUCGGUUCAUUGUUUUGAACAGUUUUUAUUAUCUGACCCAACAUUUUAAAUAUUUGAACCACGUGGGGUGCAUUCUUUGUGACAGAUGCUUCACACAGAUCCAGUAUGCAUGUUUGGCUCACUCAGGUCUAUUUAAGGCCUAAAAGAUUCAUCUUUACGCUUCACUGUGAAUAAAAACAUACAGUCUUCCACUAACAUUAGCUGCUGCUAAAAAUCUAAAAGUUGUGAAACAGUAUUAGGUCGUAUGAAUUCAAAGAAUCAUGAGACCCCUGUGCCUUUCUGCAAUGUUAUAACAUAACUGGUACCGUUGUAUUUCUAUGACAGAAAACAUUCCAAUGCUGCGUUUCUGUCUUAGAGUUGCUUCAGUUAAAAUUCUUCCUGUGGAAGAAAGAAGCAGACAUUUCUGUGCCCCUUUUUUAAAAUUGUAUUGCAGGUGCCACCAUGUGUGUGGUUGUGUGAAAGAGAGAGCAAGAGAGUGCGUUAGUUAAAAAGAAGAUCAGAAAAAACAUUUCUGUCUCAUUCUCAAAAUAUGACUUUCUUUUGUAAUUAAAUGAAAGAUAAUGACACCGUUUAACAUCACUAAGGUACAUGACUGAUAAUGUUUUAAUUAAUUAAAGCAAAUUAAUUAAUCGAAACAAAUCAAUGAGAAACUUGCUGCUGUGACAAUUUUAUAACAGUUGAUUUUAACAUUGGAUUUUUACAUAAUAUUUUUCUGUAACUGUAUAUGGUUAAAAAUGAAAUGAAUGUAAAGAAUAUGAGAAUUAUUUGCCUAAAUUUCCUCUUUAGUACCAUACAAAAAAAGCAAAUUUCUUUAAGGAAAUAUGUUUAAAAAUAAUUGUAAUACAGUAUUUGUACUUAUUUUCUUAUUUCAAUAAAAUGUUUCAGUGUCCGUC